AGGUUGAUGAAAUUUAACCAAGUAGCUCCCAAAAAAAAAAUGGAGAAAUUACCAGCCUCUGAUCAUGUGAUUCAGUUCAUGGACGAACAAGAUCACACGAAGAGUAUCGAUGAUGCUAACAACAUGGCAGAAACAAAACUUACCCAAAAUCCUUCAAAAUUUCAAACAAUACGUCCCCUUACUUUCUCAAAACCAAAAGCUCGAGUCUUUGAGUUCAAUAGUAGUGUUCCGAUCUCGUUAAAGCCCUCGUGUGAAAAGGGUGAAGAUAGUGAUGAUGAAUAUGAUCAAGAACAUGGAAAAGAUGAUCAAGAAGGAAUAUGUGGGAUUAAAGAAGAGUGCAAAAAGAAAAGGAGAAAAAUCCCUUUUAGGCUUUUGUUUGAAUGGUUGCUUUUGUUACUCACAACAUCUUGUUUAAUAUGUGCUCUUACAAUUUCACCUCUUAGGAACAAUCCCUUAUGGGGUCUUCACUUGUGGAAAUGGUGCCUGCUGAUUCUUAUCAUAUUCAGUGGUCGCCUUAUUUCAAGUUUGGUCAUUCGAUUCCUAGUCUUCCUUAUUGAGAGAAACUUCAUGCUCCGCGAAAAGUUGUUGUAUUUCGUAUAUGGUCUUAGGAAAAGCUUCCAAAAUUGUGUUUGGUUAGGCUUUGUCCUUUUGUCUUUGAAUUUCAUGUUCAACUCGAAGCUCAACAAACAAAACAAGAUGCUGACAAAAUUACGCGAAGCUUUACUGGCCUUACUCAUUGCUGCAACGAUCUGGCCCGUUAAGAUUAUUCUGGUCAAAGUUUUAGCCUCCUCCUUUUUCGUUGCGACUUACUUUGAUCGUAUGAAAGAAAGUGUGUUCCAUCACUAUGUUCUAGACGCACUUUCCGGUCCGCCUGUUGAUGUCAAAGAAAGGCAUAAUUUGAAAGAAUUGAGGAAAUUUUCGAAGCUAAAGAAGCUGAGCAUGCAAAGCAAGUCAUCAGCAUGGAGUGUGAAGAGAUUGGCUAAUUAUGUAAGGUUCUUUGGGUUGUCAACAAUUUCUAAGAGUGUGGAUGAGUUUGGGAACACUGCAACUGAGAUUACUAGUGAAAUGGAGGCUAGAAAUUGUUCCAGAAAGAUCUUCAAGAACGUGGCCAAUCAAGGUGCCAAGUACAUAGAGAAGGAAGACCUAAUGAGGUUUUUGAAUGGAGUAGAGAUAAACACCAUAUUCCCACUCUUUGAAGGAGCUGUUGAGACCGGAAGGAUUACCAAGUCUGCCUUCAGAAAUUGGGUGGUACGCGCAUACUAUGAGAGGAAGUACUUGGCACACUCAUUAGAUGACACAAAGACGGCAGUUCAACAGCUUCACAAGUUAGCAAGUGGGAUAGUCAUAUUUGUUAUACUUGUGAUUUCACUUUUAGUGAUGGGGCUAUUAUCCACUCAAAUACUAGCUCUCCUUCUAUCCCAACUUGUCCUUCUGGGAUUUGCUUUCCAAAACACUUGCAAGACUAUCUUCGAAUCCAUUAUCUUCGUCUUUGUCGUCCAUCCUUUCGACAUUGGGGAUCGUUGUGUUAUCGAUGGAGUUCAGAUGAUAGUUGAAGAGAUGAAUAUAUUGACGACAGUAUUUCUCCGUUAUGACAAUGAGAAAAUAUACUACCCGAAUGCAGUGUUGAUCACAAAGCCAAUAAGCAACUUCUAUAGAAGCCCUGAAAUGUGCGACGCCAUUUCCUUUGAUAUUGAUACCAACACUUCUAUGGACACCAUCAUUGCCCUCAAAAAGGCCAUUCAACUGUACCUCGAGAGCAAGCCAAAGUAUUGGAAUCCAAAACACUCAGUGAUAGUGAAAGGUAUAGGGAAUGUGCACACAAUGGGAAUGAUGCUAUGUGUUCAACAUACCAUUAACCAUCAGAACUAUGGGGAUAGAAGCAACAGGAUCACCGAGCUCAUCUUUGAGUUGAAGAAGAUCUUUGAGACCCUUAAUAUCAAAUACUCUCUUCUCCCUCAACAAGUCCAAGUGGACAUGACCAAUCUCAGAAGUUAAUAUGAUCAUAUUUACUUUGAUCUAUAUAAAUAGCAAGAGUUUAACAAGCAACAAGAAGAUUGAAUCUAAUUUAUUAAAACAGGUUUGUAAAUUGCAAUAAUGUUGCUGCUUUAGUUUCUGGAUAAAACAUGUUUUUUGUAGUGUGUGCAUUUAAUUUUCCUUGUCAACCCUGUAUUAACUUCUCAAGUUUCCAUUUCUGUAUGUUGUAUUAGUGCUUUAUUUAAUGACAAGUUAUGAUUUUGAACCUA